AUGGCAGACGCUGGCAAAGCAAAGGACAUCGUCAUUGUUGGUGGCGGUAUAAUUGGAUGUUGCUGUGCCUAUUUCCUUACCAGACACCCUUCAUACGAUCCGUCAAGACACAGAAUAACGAUACUCGAAGCCUCGGAGAUCGCUGGCGGGGCAUCUGGGAAGGCCGGCGGUUUACUUGCCCUGUGGGCAUAUCCCAAAGUCAUCGUCCCGUUAAGCUAUCAGCUGCACGCACAACUGGCAAAGGAACAUGAUGGAGUUGACAGAUGGGGCUACAGAGAAGUCGGAUGUGGACAGCUGAUCGCAGACAGUCGCUCACGAAGCCAUGGAGGCAAGGCAAAAUCCGGAAACGAGGCCGUCUCACUGGGCAAGAGAAGCGAUGCUGCAAUGGCUACGUUGAAGGCUGCUGGAUUCCCGGAAGACCUUGACUGGUUUGAUCCCGCUGUGCUGAGGGGGUAUGAGGAUAUGGGAGGUAAAGGAACCACUGCACAGGUUCACCCGUACCUGUUUACGACAUCCAUGGCGAAGCUGGCGGAGGAGAAGGGUGCAAAAGUGGUCUUUGGAACCGUUACGGACAUUGACUAUUCGUCAGGCAGUGUUAAGACGGUAACAUACAAGAGUAAAAUCACUGGGGUCUCGGAGUCUGUCGCUGCUACAGAUGUUAUCGUUUCAGCCGGUCCCUGGACAUCAAGGGUAUUCCCCCCAGCUCCAAUUGAAGCUCUUCGUGCGCACAGCGUCGUGCUUCGUCCAACUCGUCCUGUUUCUGCAUACACGCUCUUUACCGAUAUCACACUCCCAGCCGAACAGUCCAAAUUUGGCAGGGUAUCUGCAAUGAGCCCUGAAAUCUAUGCCAGGCCGGACAACACUGUCUAUGCCUGUGGAGAGGGCGAUACCUUGAUGCCGUUACCUUCGUCCACAGCAGAUGUCGAGGUUGACCAGUCCCGAUGCCAGGACGUGAUCGAUGCAAUUGGAAGCAUAUCUGAUGAACUGCGAGAUGGUGAGGUGAUGGUUCGACAAGCCUGCUAUCUUCCUAAUGUAGCUGGCACCGGUGAUCGAGGGAGUCCCCUUAUCGGCAAAACUGGUAUAGAAGGCUUGUAUCUUGCAACCGGCCAUACCUGUUGGGGCAUCCAGAACGCACCAGCGACGGGGAAGCUGAUGAGUGAGUUCGUGUUUGAUGGUGAUGCAAAGAGCCUGAGCAUCUCUUCUCUUGAUCCUCGUAAGGUGCUAUAA